AGACAAUGAUGCCUAAAAUUAGCAAGCUCAACGUUCCAGAAAAACCGAGGAAAUUAGUAGUAUUUCCUGAAAGGAUUGGAAGUUUAGUGAUCAAUGGCUUCCAUCAUGGUAGAGAAGAAAGUAAUUAUGAAGAAAUUGAAUCUGGUGAAGAAUUACAGACAUUUGAUCUGACUCGCGAUUUUGCUCUGAAACAGAUGAUUAAGGACCGAUGUUAUGACUUUGAUGAUGAGCUUAUAAGUUUUCCCCAAAAUAAAAAUAGGAAUUUGGGAUCAGUUGUAUUGCACGCCUGCAACGAUGAUGAAAAACGAUCUGAUCUUGAAUAUGAAAUUUCUCGAAAGGAGAUUAAUUUGGAGAAGUUGCAACGACUUGCCAGUUCAGGUAUUCCUGAUGGAGGGAGUUUGCGAGCAACAAUUUGGAAGCUACUGUUUGGAUAUUUACCUACUUCUCAAGAUCUAUGGGAGAAGGAGUUAAACGAGAGUCGAUUGAAAUAUGACAAGCUAAAGGAGGAGUUUCUACGAAAACCUUCAGAAUUGUCAUGGAGAAAAGAUAGAAGCAUGACAUUGCUUGGACACGACACUAGCAGCGGAGUCAUUGAGCCCUUUAAACGCUACAACAUUUCUAAAGAGGAUGAUCAUCCACUAAGUUUAGGUAAAACUAGCAUAUGGCAUCAGUACUUUGAGUUUACAGAAAUUUCAGAGCAGAUAGACCGUGAUUUGCAGCGAACUCAUCCAGAUUUAGAGUUCUUCUCAGGAGACUCAUCACUAUCUAGGAAGAAUAAGGAGUCAAUGAGAAACAUUCUUCUUUUGUUUGCGAAAUUAAAUCCUGCAAUUAGUUAUGUACAAGGCAUGAAUGAGGUCUUGGCCCCGUUGUACUAUGUCUUCAGCACCGAUAAUGAUGAGCAUAAUGUUGCAAAUUUAGAAGCAGAUACUUUUUCCUGUUUCGUUAUACUGUUGAGUAGCUGUGUGGAUCACUUCUGUCAACAAUUUGAUUGUGGUUCUUUUGGUAUCCACUCAACUCUUUCGAAAUUGUCAGAGUUAUUGAAAACUAAUGAUGAGGAAUUGUGGCACCAUCUUGAAUUUAAAACAAAGGUUAACCCACAAUUCUAUGCAUUUAGGUGGAUCACUCUGCUCCUUACUCAGGAGUUUAGCUUGCAUCACAUCUUAAGGAUCUGGGAUACGCUUCUCAGCAAUCCCUUUGGCCUUCAGGAGAUGCUAUUGCGGAUCUGUUGUGCUAUGCUGAUGUGUGUUAAAAGCAAACUAAUUAGGGGUGAUUUUGUUGGCAACUUGAAGCUUUUACAACAUUUCCCUGAAGUAGAUGUUGAGCAUCUUCUCCAAGUAGCACGGGGCAUGCAGAACUUGGACACAUCGUUCCAUUCAACCAUGUAG